AUGGUCUUGGCGGAGGGGCUGCUGGCGAUGCCGUCGUACUUUUAUCACCUAAAGUUCGAGCUCUACCCGACGCCCAACCCUACAAUAAGCCCACAGCGACCGACACAAGGCAGCACAGCAGCGAGCAACAUCUGGCUUCCUCCGCCCGACACCGACAUCUUUGGCGAGCUUCCCUCGCAUCCUCCUCGAAAUACACGAACGAGCCGAACCGGAAGACCGCAGCCUUCGCCCAUCCAGUCAUCAUACGACACGGCGUAUCGACCGAGCCACACAGCCCAGAAGCGAGCCAGCGACGACAACGAAGAACCCGGUCUGCACGUCAUCGACUGCGGACUUUCGCGCGCCCCCGUCAAGGCCGACAACGGCAAGGACGUCGAGGUCCUCACGGCGCGGCAGUGGAAGGCGAGAACGCAGAGCUUCCCGCCGCCGCCCGCGUUUGCGGCGAUCCGACCCGACGCCGCCGUGCAGGAUUGGCGCUUCGGCCGAGUGAGCGUCGAGAGCCUCGAGCAGCAGACCACCAACAACAGCGCAACAGACAUGGACGAGGCCGCGGGGUCGUCGGGCGAGCGGCCGUCGGCUGCCACGGGCAUCGGCCCCAUGUUCGGCGGCGCGGGCAGCAUGACCAUGGCGAAGCUCCUGCCGCUCGACACGACGAACACGGAGCUCGGAUGGGGCGUCGUGCACUUUUACCGCGAGCAGGAUGAUAGCCCGAGCUUGCGGAGGCCUAUCACGGAGCAGCAGACGGGCAAGGACGGCGAUUGUACGACGGUCUGCGUACCUGCCGUUCCGAGCUACUGGUCUUUCCAUGACUUGCUGGGCUUUAUCGGCGAGGAGUGGAAGGAGAGCAUCAGCCACUAUCGCCUUGUGACGACGGCGCAGAUGAACCGGUAUCUUGCGCAGGUAUGCCAGGCUAUAUUCAUCAGGUCGAUCACAUUCGAGAUACCUACGAGACCGGACGGUGCGUUUCCUGACUUGAGCCGCGAUCCGUUCACACCCUCCUCCGCCGUGUCGAACACCCUCAAGCCGUUUCCGCCGCCAACACCGAAUCUGAUCGAGCUUCCGACUUGCGCUGUGUGCCUGGAGCGCAUGGACGACACGACGGGCCUCAUGACCAUCUCAUGCCAGCACGUCUUCCACUGCAAAUGCCUCGACCACUGGCAGGGCUCUGGCUGUCCCGUAUGCCGGCACACCAGCAGCAAGCCCGCAUACGAUCCGUCAAACCCCUACACUCAGCCGUUUGGCUCCUCGGUUUCGAACCUCUGCAGCGUCUGCGAUACCGCCGACGAUAUCUGGAUAUGUCUCAUUUGCGGCAAGGUCGGCUGCGGCCGGUACAAGGGCGGCCACGCGAAAGAUCACUGGAAGGAAACAGCGCACAGCUUUGCCCUCGAGAUGGAAACGCAGUACGUCUGGGACUAUGCCGGCGACACCUGGGUCCACCGUCUCAUCCGCGACAAGGGCGACGGCAAGGUCGUAGAGCUCCCGGGCACCACCAGCCAGCAGGCCGGCCUGUCCAACAACGGCGACGGCUCAGGCCAGCAAGACGACGUCGUGCCCCGCGCCAAGCUGGACAACGUCGGCAUGGAGUACACCCACCUCCUCACCUCGCAGCUCGAAUCGCAGCGCGUCUACUUUGAGGAGAUGGUCAGCAAAAUCGCAGACAAGGCCGCCAAGGCGACGAGCACGGCCGACGCGGCUCUCCAGCAGUCCAAGGCCACGACGUCUGAAAACAAACAGCUGCGCGCCGAGCUCGACAAGCUGCGGCUCGAGACGGUGCCGCAGCUCGAGCGCGACGCCGAGCGAGAUCGCAAGAAGGCGGAGAAGGCGCAGGACCUCGCUCGCAGCCUCGGCAAGGCGCUGCAGGAGGAGAAGGAGGUCGGCAAGGGACUCAUGAAGCGUGUUGAGCAUAACCAGGCUGAGGUCGAGGCGCUCAGGGCGCGGGACGCUGAGCAGAAAGAGAAGAUUGCUGAGCUUGAAGAGAUGAAUCGGGACCUGAGCAUGUUCAUUUCUGGACAGGAGAAGCUCAAAGAGAUGGAGGCUGAGGGGCAAGUUGAGGCUGGCGAGUUGGCGGAGGGCAGCGCCAGCGUGCCGGAGAAAAAGGGCCGGAGGAAGGGAAAGAGGUGA